GUCCUUCUUACUCUCUGUCCGCCGGUGGCUUCAGUGCCUUUUCUUGUCGCUUCCCUGUCAAAGAAAAUUUUCUUUUUUCCCUUUCUCACAAAGUUCCCUGACGUUCGUUCCUCAUUUAUAGCUCGCUUGUGUUGCUCCUAUAAAAGAUUCACUGGUGCUCAUUUGCGGUUGUGUGCACUAAGAAGACUACACCAGUGACCAAAGUUACCUUAUUUCCAUUUUUUGUGUCUUGAGAAAUAAAACUUGAAAAUGUCUAACAAAGAAAUGAGCCUUCCUGCCAAGCUUAUCAACGGAGGGAUUGCAGGAAUCAUUGGAGUAACUUGUGUCUUUCCUAUUGAUUUAACUAAAACAAGACUGCAAAAUCAACGAAAUGGACAACAAGUUUACAAAAGCAUAUGGGAUUGUUUGAGAAAGACUUUGCGCUCUGAAGGCUAUUUUGGAAUGUACAGGGGUGCGGCGGUAAACUUGACCCUUGUUACCCCGGAAAAGGCAAUUAAGCUAGCUGCAAAUGACUUUUUUAGACACCACUUGGGGAAAGAUGGGAAGGGUCUUACUCUGUCCAAAGAGAUGCUGGCAGGAUGUGGGGCUGGAACAUGUCAGGUUGUUAUUACCACUCCAAUGGAGAUGUUAAAAAUUCAGCUGCAAGAUGCUGGGAGGAUAGCUGCUACUCAAAAGGCUAUACCUGUUAUGCAGUGCCACAUGCCUGGCACCAAAUACCUAAAUGUAAUUCCUGUACUCACACGGUCAUAUAAUGCGGGGCCAACUAUGGUUGCAAGAAAGAUGUCAGCUAUGCAAAUUGCCAGUGAACUUCUUCGCACAGAAGGUGUCAGAGGCCUUUACAAAGGACUGGGAGCUACACUCUUAAGGGAUGUUCCAUUUUCUGUCAUCUACUUCCCAUUAUUUUCUAAUUUGAACAAACUUGGCCAAGUUUCUCCAGAAGAGAGAGCUCCAUUUAUUCACUCUUUUAUGGCAGGCUGUAUAGCUGGUUCAACAGCAGCUGUAGCUGUUAACCCAUGCGAUGUGAUAAAAACACGUCUUCAGUCAUUACACAAAGGAGCAAAUGAAGAGACCUACCAAGGCAUUGUAGACUGUGCAAGAAAAAUUUGGAUGAAGGAGGGGCCAUCUGCUUUUUUUAAAGGAUCAGCAUGCCGAGCAUUAGUAAUUGCUCCCUUGUUUGGAAUAGCCCAAGUUGUAUAUUUUUUUGGAGUGGGGGAAACCAUUGUGGAGUUUGUACAAUUCAGUCAGUUAAGAGUCUAAUUAUAAGCAUUCCACAGACUUAACAUAGCACCUAUUAUGAAGUGGAACAACGCAAAUGAUCCCUAUUAGACUCAAAUUCAAACUUGUGUGUGUCAUCAAACUCUACUUCUGAGCUAUAAAGGCCAAAUGUUUUUCAUGCAAUGGAUUUUUUUUUAUUUUUUUUGUAUUGGUUUUAUAGUUCUUGUAAUACAUUUUUUUAUUAAAAUUUGUGAUUCUUUUUUACUUGCACCUGGGUACAAUUUAGAAACCAGCACUCCUUAGUAAUAUAUGUGAAUUUUACCAGUUUUGAAAUCAUUCCCUUUUUUGGGUCUUCUAAGGGGUCACAUUUUAUGAAUUUGUAGGUAUAUGUAGUGCAACGCACUUUUGUUUACAUCACUUUUUUUCAAAGCACUUAUCUGUAAAAAUAAUGAGCCACUGGACAUGAAAGUGAAAGGGACAAUGGUUUGCCUGGGCUACAUCUGUUUUGUCUGAAAUUCCUGACAGGGCAGAUACUGUAUGUCAUACAACUUGAACAUCUGUUUUUUGUGCAGCUACACAGUCCAGUAAAAAUGUAUUAAAAAGAAAGUAUUAUGGUUACAAUUGUUUCCAGAGAAAUGUGUAAAUAUGUUUAUGUUUCAAAGCAUACUCUGUAAUAACUAGUUAUUUUAUUUUAAAACUGGUUGUAGUCUUUUAUAUCCCAGUAACUGGUUAUUUUCAGGGAUUUUGGUUGCAAAUUGUUUGCUUGUUGGCAUAAAAUUAAGCACUUCAAUCCAAAAUUUGAAAACAACACAGCAAAAGUUUAACACAUCAAUGUGUUUCUUGUGCCAGCAUGUAAAGCAUACAUUUGACUUUUGCUACUGUUGCUGUAUUUCAUCACCUUCCUAAAUUGCAAAUGUUUUACUUGUGUUUAAUGCAUAUUGGUAGGGUGACCAUGUUGCCGCUUUAAAAAUACAUAUGUCAGGGCUGUUUAAAGAAAUAUUUUGUAUAAGAACCCCGACAUAUAUAUUUUUUUAUAUGUGUCCCUUCUUAAAGCAGCAAUAUGGUCAGCCUACAUAUGGGUAUAUAUUCUAAAACACUAGCUUGUUAUAAAUGCUUUAAAUGUUAUUUCUAUGUCCUCAUAGUUUGAAAAAAAAAAAAAAAAAUACAUAUAUAUAUAUAUAUAUAUAUAUAAAAUUCUAUGGGUUAUUAAUAAGAUAAGGGCCAUUUCUUCACUGCUAGACACCUCUUUCCUUCAUAUGUUCUAGGUAUUGCAAAGUGUGUAAAUUCAGUAGACAAAACCCCAUUGAUAUUGGAGUGUUUUUAUGAAUAGAAAGAAUGUGCCCAUCUUAGUAAAUCUAACCGCAUAUUUUGUUGUCUCCAAUUUAAAUUUUGUUUGUGAACAAUUAAUCACUCAAAACUAAUAGUAAAGAGUUGAAUUUUAUUAACUAGAAAAAAACCUUUGUAGUAUUUUUUCAAAUUGCAUUACUUUAAUUGGCCUAGUAUUCUCUUGGUUUAUUCUGGUUUUUAAUGAUAUUCUGUUAAUAGGUGACAAUAAAAUACUUGAAAAUAAAA